CUGAAGAAACUCAAUCAACCACGCCGGGAAGCGGCAGUUCAACGACUGGUGGAGAAGGCUUUCAAUGUCCAACAUCCGAUGGUGUCUAUCCCCACGAGACGUUUUGUUACAUGUUCUACCACUGCAUAGAUUUUGUUGCUUUCCCACAUGAGUGUCCGAAUGAGGACCUUUUCAGUCAAGAAGAACUGUAUUGCAUGCACCCGGAUGAUGUGGACUGUGGGGAUCUCCUACCAAGACCUACAACAUAAAACAACCCCCUACGUCGACGGAAAUCACAACUCCGUCUCCAGAUACCACUACUUCGUCGACAGAUACAACAACCUCAUCGACGGAUACUACGACCUCGUCGACGGAUACCACGACUUCGUCGCCGGAUACCACGACCUCGUCGACGGAUACCACGAUUUCGUCGACGGAAGCCACAACUAACAGCGGGGGAUUCCA